UACAGCCUUUAUUGCGAUAAACAUUUAGGAGUAUCUCGAGUCGCAGCACUUUUGGUGGUAGUCUUUAGGCAUGUAGGCAAAGUCAGUGCGUUAGUUUAGUGCUCGGGCUGCCUCUGCCAAGCGCACUUUGGAAAGAAAGGGAAGACUAGGAAAGAAAGACAGAAAGAAAAAAGAGAAAUCUCAGCAGAGCAGUUUUGGAGUUUUAAGUGAAGAAGCGAAGAGUCGCUCUCAUUCUGCAGCAAGCAUCUGCGCACGAGCGAGAAGAAAGUCUUCGAGGAGAGGAAAGAAGUUUCGGAACAAGUGGAGGGAAGACACCUUCGGACGAGUAUUUUGUCUUGAUGUGGUACUGAGGAAUGCACAGUUGUCAUGGAAACCCAGUCCCAGACCAGUUCUGCAGCAGAGAAGAAGAAGAGAGUGGAGACCAUCGUAGCCACCAAGAGUGCAUCCUCCCGCACAGACAUCAGUGAGAAGGCCGUGGCCUCCAGCACUACCUCCAAUGAGGAUGACAGUUCAGGUUCCCCGUAUCAUCGUGAAAGGCGUAAUGCCAUCGGUGGGCAGACCCCAGUUCUGGGCACAUCAGCCAGAAAACUUAGCGAAGAACCAUCCACCUCUACAGAAGAGCGCCCCCAAUUGGUGAAAAAAGAACUUCACACCUCUCUGCCCCACCUUGCGGACCACACCAUGCCCUACCGGGGGACACUGUUCACCAUGGACCCUCGAAAUGGUUACCUGGAGCCCCAUUAUACUCCACCUCAGUUCUUUCCUGCUUUUCAUCCUCCAGUACCCAUCGAUGAUAGACACACACAAGGCCGGUACAUUUACGAACCUUCACCAGUACCUCCGCUUCACAUGCCUCCUGCAUUGGCAGCAAGCCCUGCAUUUUCGGAUAUCUCCCUCAUCCGGAUCUCGCCGCAUCGGAACCCUUCAGUGGGGGCAGAGUCGCCCUUUAACCCUCCUCACCCAUACAUUAACCCCUACAUGGAUUACAUCCGCUCGCUGCACAGCAGUCCCUCACUUUCCAUGAUCUCUGCAGCCAGAGGCCUCAGUCCUGCAGAUGUACAACACACUAGUUUGACCACAGCAGAGUAUUACCACCAGAUGGCCCUGCUUGCAGGUCACCGCAGCCCCUAUGCUGACAUCAUUCCCUCGGUGGCAUCCACAACUGGGCCUGCAAGCAAUGCCCUGCACAUGGAGUACCUGCAAGCUAUGGAAGGUUCUCGGUUUCCCAGUCCCAGGCUCGCAGCCCGGCCCAGCAGAAAACGUCCCCUUCCCAACUCCCCUCUGCCUGACCCCAACUUUGACCUGCAGGCCAUGAUUCGCAACUCGCCCAACUCUCUAGUCACCAUCCUUAACAAUUCCCGCUCUAGCUCGUCCACUGGUGGAUCAUACGGACACCUCUCAGCCGGCACCAUCAGCCCUGCAUUGAGUUUUGCAUAUCCUCCAACACCUGUAGCACUGCAGAUGCAUCAGCAGCUGAUUAGCCGGCAACCAGGCAUCGUAGGUUCUGCGUUCGGGCACAGUCCACCCCUCAUACACCCAGCUCCUGCUUUUGCCACCCAGAGACCGUUACCAUGCAUUCCCCCCUCCACUUUGACACAUACAGAACGUUCCACUGCCUCAACAGACUCACAGUGUAAACCCACCAGUGAGUCAGCUGUAAGCAGCACAGGGGACCCCAUGCAACACAAGCGCUCCAAACUCAAACCAGAUGAUGAGCCCCCCAGUCCUGGAGCCAUUAGUGUGCAGGAACAAACGGAUGGAAUGACUCUGGUAAAGGAAGAGGGUGAUAAAGAGGAGGGCAAGCAGGAGCCAGAAGUGGUAUAUGAGACCAAUUGCCACUGGGAGGGAUGCUGCAGAGAGUUCGACACUCAAGAGCAGCUUGUACUUCAUAUAAAUAAUGACCAUAUCCAUGGAGAAAAGAAGGAGUUUGUGUGUCGCUGGGAGGAGUGUUCAAGAGAGCAGAAACCCUUUAAGGCCCAGUACAUGCUGGUGGUGCACAUGCGCAGACACACAGGAGAGAAGCCACAUAAAUGCACGUUUGAAGGCUGUUCAAAGGCUUAUUCCAGACUGGAGAACCUGAAGACUCACUUGCGCUCACACACAGGAGAGAAGCCCUAUGUGUGUGAGCAUGAAGGCUGCAACAAAGCCUUUUCAAAUGCGUCUGACCGAGCCAAACACCAGAACCGCACACACUCCAAUGAGAAACCCUAUGUGUGUACAAUCCCUGGUUGCACUAAGCGUUACACUGACCCCAGUUCUUUACGAAAACAUGUUAAAACUGUACACGGUCCUGAAGCCCAUGUCACCAAGAAACAACGUGGGGAUACAUACUCUCGAGCCCCACCCCAGCCCCGAGAGCCUGGAGGUAAUGGACAGGGCCGGUCACCAGGGCAACUGAACCUCGGAGUUAUUACUGACCAAAGGGAUUACAACCACUCUACCUCAAAACAAGAAGAAUGUCUACAAGUCAAGUCAAUCAAGACAGAGAAGCCCAUGACGUCUCAGCCAAGCCCUGGCAGUCAGUCUUCAUGCGGCAGUAACCAGUCCCCCAGCGGCCCCCAUCUCGGCCGUGGAGUCCAGCUUACUAUGAGCAGCAUUGUGCUUGCAGGGGAGGAUGAGGAGGAAGAGGAUGAGGAAGGAGAGGGAGAGGAGGAGGAUGCCCCCAUCAUGGACUCUACUGUAUCCACUGCAACAGCCAUGGCGGCAACACUAGCUUUCCAGGCUCGCCGAAGUGUAGGACGGCCCCUACGUUGGAUGGAGCAUGUUAAGAUGGAGAGGUUAAGGCAGGUUAACAGAGCUGUGCCUAGGCUAGGACAUCUGUCCCCAACACCACCCCCUAAAGGCCAGGCCGUGCCUGCCCUCACAGGGAAGGGUUCAUGCCUUGGUAGGAGUAUUUCUGUGGGGGCACCAGUGCCUCAGCCUCCUCUGCGUCCUGAGCUGUCCAACACAGAGCUGACAGUGCUGAAUUUGCUGAGUGAGCGCCGAGACAGCAGUGGCAGUGCCACCAGCUCAGCCUACUUAAGCAGCAGCCGUCGUUCUUCUGGCAUCUCCCCCUGUUUCUCCAGCCGCCGCUCUAGCCAGGCCUCUCAGUCUGAGCAUAGCCAUCAUCGACGUCUCCACAACCUCAGCGCCACUGACUCUUAUGACCCUAUCUCUACUGAUGCCUCCAGACGCUCCAGUGAGGCCAGCCAGUGUGGAGGAGGUGGAGGUUCAGGUGGGGUGGUGAUUGGUGGAAGCUGGGGUGGUGGAAGUGGGAUGGGAACAAGAGGUGUUCUGAACCUCACUCCAGCACAACACUAUCAUCUGAAGGCCAAGUAUGCAGCUGCUACAGGUGGGCCGCCUCCCACACCCUUGCCCAACAUGGAACAAAUUAGCCUAAAGACUUGCAUGGCUAUGAUGGAAGACAGACAGGGUACAAGUCAGUUCACACUACCACCGCUGGUCAGGCCACAUCGCUGCAGUGAUUUUUCACAACAUGUACAUGGCAGUCACACAGUAUAUCAACAAAGAGUGCUAUACCCUGGUGAAGGUCCAGGCAAUGGUGAUAGAAGAGCCAGUGACCCUGGGCGUACACGAGAUCCUAGUGCUUUUGGGCUGUCGCCACAGGUACAGCGAUUCAACAGUCUAAAUAACUUAAAUUCCUUACCCCAUCAAGCUGGUAAUCAUUUAUCAAAUAGAGAAGAUUUGGGUCUGAGUCUGCAGAACUACACCUGCCCACAUGGAAGCUUUCAGAGGAGUCUGCACUCUCCUUGCCCUCCAAGCAUCAUGGAACAAUCAGCACUUGAGGACUUGGCCAUGGACCAGGAUGGCAUUCUAUUAAAUCCAGAUGAAGACAUCUUGCCGGAUGACUUGCUGCAGUAUCUUCGCUCCCAAGAUCAAGAAUGGGCUUAUAACCAGGAAAACCAUUUUAGUGAUUCCAGUCCCCAUAAAUCCAAUUUUAAACAGGAUACUGCAGAUGCCCAGAAUUUCCUAAUUCUACAACAGCAGCAGGGGGCACCAGAAGGGGAACACAUCAGUAAGGACAAAAUGCCUAUCCAAUGGAAUGAAGUGAGCUCUGGCAGUGCUGAUAUUUCUCCUCCCAGGCAGCAGUCUCAGAGGUGCGGGAGACUGUCGGAACGGAGUGGCAUAAUAGGCAACCCCUUUGGUCGAUUUGAAAACAUAGAUCAGCAAUCAACUCUUCAUAGAGGUGCCCAACACAUGGCAGACAUGAGCUAUAGGUGCAGACAUCCAGACCAACAAAUCCCAAAGCCCACCCAACAGCAGUCCUUCAGGAUGAAUUCAAGCAUUAAGAUAGAGUCUUCCUCAACCUCCCAUCUAGAAUCAAGCCACAGCAAUUUUGGCCAACCAGACUUCUCUCAUAUCUCUCUGGGCCCCAUCCGCCCUAGCUGUGCCCAGCAGACAACUGCAUCACAAGCUCGUCCCCAGCAAAACCACACAAUCACACAUAAAAUAAGUGACAACUAUCUGCUGCUAAGACCAGCAAACUACAGAUUGUCUCCUGCAUCAUCACUGCCUCAUCAUCCCCAGCCUCCUAUGACCCAUCCACCUGUCAACAGUGGCCACAUAGGACUGUAUCAUACUCAGUCCUACUCCACUCAGCAGAUUAUCAAUGAUCAUAAUGCUCUGUCAUGUCAGCAGCAAAGCUUAAGUAAUGGAAAUAGUGCCAAUUGCUCCCUUGCCAGUCAGGUUUCUGGGCUGAAGCUGGAGGCAAAUGAUCACUUUCAAACCAACACUUGCUCUUCCAUUCAGCGACAACAGCCAACGUUUAUUGCUGAGUGUUUUGACCCAGCAGAGUCCAAAACAUCUUCACACAACAUAGCACAGUCAUGUCUAAUGGAGUCCUUGACAGCAGAGACUGAAACUUCUUCUGAGGCCCUUCUGUCCCCUGGGGUUGAUCAGGUGACCAGCACAGUUGACGGCAGCCCAGGUGUCCUAGAUAAUGUGGGUUUAGAUAUCUGUUCCAUCCUUGAGGAUGGCUUUGAGCAGGGUAGUCUGGUGUCUGAAAUUAUCAGUCCCAGUGUUCUACAAGGUCUAUCUCGGACAUCCUCUCGGCUAACUACUCCUCGUCUUUCAGCUACAUUUCACAGCAUACAUUCAGGGACUAACAACAUGGCAAUUGGUGACAUGAGCUCCCUCCUCACCACCCUCGCAGAAGAAAGCAAAUUUCUGGCUAUUAUGCAGUAGUCUGUGAACUCCCCCAGCAAAAAAAUGCAGAAGAAUGGUAAUAAAUGAAACAAAUAAAUUAUAUUGGGCAUGUAAAGAUGCAAGAAUAGAAAAUGCUAUUACUUUAGAUGCAUUAAAGUAGUUUAAUAGGGGAUGUUAAGAUAAAAUAUUGGCACACAAAUCUAUUUUGAAUUUGCCUCAUCCUCAGAGACA